AUGGACGAUAUGGAAGACUACGUCCGACUCACAAACUCUAAUGAAUUGACCAAUUUCGUCCCAACAACCCAUCACGAUACCUAUCCCUACAUCACACCCACAGGCACAGAACUCACCAACAAGUCCAUUCUCAUCACGGGGGUUUCACGAGGUCUCGGACGCGCCACAGCUAUCCGAUGCGCCAGAGCGGGCUGUGCGAAACUUGCACUUGCCGCUCGUUCCUCGCUAGAGGGCGUUGUGAAAGAAAUCAAACAAAAUGCCCGUGAAGCAGGCGUUGAACCACCGCAGAUUCUCCCCUUGCAGGUAGAUGUCAAAUCAGAUGAGUCUGUUCAGGCUGCUGCAAAGGCAGUAGAAGAAGCGUUUGGAGGAAAAUUGGAUAUCCUGGUCAACAACGCUGGCCGUCUUUACGAAUUCAAACCUAUACAUGAAUGUGACCCUGCGAAAUGGUGGGAAGCAUGGGAAGUCAAUGUCAAAGGAACAUUUCUCUGCUGUCACUACUUCAUGCCGCUACUUCUGAAGUCGGACACAAAGAUAGUCAUCAAUUUUUCUUCCUUGGGAGCAAAUUGUUUGACACUCGGAGGCUCGGCGUACCAGGCAUCGCGUUUUGCUAAUUGCCGGUUCACCGAGUUUGUGGCUCGGGACUAUGAGAGCCAGAAUCUCGUCUGUAUUACUUUGCACCCUGGCUGUGUGAAGACGGAUAUGGCGGAUGAUUUCCCGGAGUCUUUGCAAUUCAUUUUGGUGGAUAAGGCGGAGCUUCCUGCGGAUACGGUUGUUUGGCUAUGUUCGCAGCGGAGGGAGUGGUUGAGCGGUCGAUUUGUUUGUGGAAAUUGGGAUAUGGAGGAGUUGGAGGGGAGGAAAGGUGAGAUUCUGGAGAAAGAUCUGUUCAAGUAUCGUAUGACUAUAUAA